AUGGGGACGGCGCUUCUUCAGCGUGGGGGUUGUUUUCUCCUAUGCCUGUCCUUGCUGCUCCUAGGCUGCUGGGCAGAGCUGGGCAGCGGGCUGGAGUUCCCGGGCGCCGAGGGUCAGUGGACACGCUUCCCCAAGUGGAACGCUUGCUGCGAGAGCGAGAUGAGCUUCCAGCUCAAGACGCGCAGCGCACGGGGCCUCGUGCUCUACUUCGACGACGAAGGCUUCUGCGACUUCCUGGAGCUCAUCUUGACCCGCGGGGGUCGCCUGCAGCUCAGCUUCUCCAUCUUCUGCGCCGAGCCGGCCACCUUGCUGGCCGACACGCCCGUCAACGAUGGUGCCUGGCACCACGUGCGCCUCCGCCGCCAGUUCCGCAACACCACGCUCUACAUUGACCAGGUGGAGGCCAAGUGGGUGGAGGUGAAGUCCAAGCGCCGGGACAUGACCGUGUUCAGCGGCCUCUUCGUGGGCGGCCUGCCCCCCGAACUGCGCGCUGCUGCGCUCAAGCUCACCCUGGCCUCGGUGAGGGAGCGUGAGCCCUUCAAGGGCUGGAUUCGAGAUGUGAGGGUCAACUCCUCCCAGGCCCUGCCCGUGGACAGUGGGGAGGUGAAGCUGGACGACGAGCCGCCCAACAGCGGUGGUGGCGGGAGCCCCUGCGAGGCGGGCGAGGAGGGCGAGGGCGGGGUGUGUCUCAAUGGAGGCGUGUGCUCCGUGGUGGACGACCAGGCCGUGUGUGAUUGCUCGAGGACCGGCUUCCGUGGAAAGGACUGCAGCCAAGGUAAGACCCGACGCCUGACUUCUGGGAUUUCCUGUGUAUUUCUUCUAUGUGUCUUGCUAUCUGACAAUGACCAAAGGAAAUGUUUCAUGAAUACAGGGGAACCUGAGAACAAGAAAGACAACAAUGUGGAAGGUCUGGCGCACCUGAUGAUGGGCGACCAAGGUAAAAGUAAAGGAAAAGAAGAAUAUAUCGCCACUUUCAAGGGAUCUGAAUACUUCUGCUACGACUUGUCUCAAAACCCCAUUCAAAGCAGCAGUGAUGAAAUAACUCUGUCCUUUAAAACUCUUCAGAGGAAUGGACUGAUGCUUCACACUGGGAAAUCAGCCGAUUAUGUCAAUCUUGCCUUGAAAAAUGGAGCUGUCUCUCUGGUCAUUAAUUUGGGAUCAGGGGCCUUUGAAGCACUAGUGGAGCCCGUGAAUGGAAAGUUUAAUGAUAAUGCCUGGCAUGAUGUGAAAGUCACCAGGAAUCUGCGUCAGCACUCAGGCAUUGGACACGCUAUGGUAAACAAACUACAUUGUUCGGUGACAAUAUCAGUGGAUGGAAUUCUCACCACAACGGGCUACACACAAGAAGAUUACACUAUGCUGGGGUCUGAUGACUUUUUCUAUGUUGGAGGCAGUCCCAGCACGGCAGACCUGCCAGGGUCACCAGUCAGUAACAACUUUAUGGGCUGUCUCAAAGAGGUUGUAUAUAAAAAUAAUGAUGUAAGACUGGAGUUAUCUCGACUUGCCAAGCAAGGAGACCCUAAGAUGAAGAUCCAUGGAGUGGUGGCAUUUAAAUGUGAAAAUGUGGCCACAUUAGACCCAAUCACCUUUGAAACCCCAGAGUCCUUCAUCUCUUUGCCUAAGUGGAAUGCAAAGAAAACCGGCUCCAUAUCUUUUGAUUUCCGUACAACAGAGCCCAAUGGCCUCAUCUUAUUCAGCCAUGGCAAGCCGAGACAUCAAAAAGAUGCCAAGCACCCACAGAUGAUAAAGGUUGACUUCUUCGCUAUUGAGAUGCUAGAUGGACACCUCUACCUCCUCCUGGAUAUGGGGUCAGGUACAAUCAAAAUAAAAGCCUUGCAGAAGAAAGUGAAUGAUGGAGAAUGGUAUCACGUGGACUUCCAGAGAGAUGGACGGUCAGGUACCAUUUCUGUCAACACACUGCGGACACCCUACACGGCUCCUGGAGAGAGUGAGAUUCUGGAUCUGGACGAUGAGCUGUACCUGGGGGGCUUGCCAGAAAAUAAGGCUGGCCUGGUCUUCCCCACCGAGGUGUGGACUGCCUUGCUCAACUAUGGCUAUGUAGGCUGUAUCCGGGAUCUCUUCAUUGAUGGCCAGAGCAAAGAUAUCCGGCAAAUGGCUGAAGUUCAAAGUACUGCUGGAGUGAAACCUUCCUGUUCACGGGAGACAGCAAAACCGUGCCUUAGCAAUCCUUGCAAGAAUAAUGGCAUGUGCAGGGAUGGGUGGAACAGAUAUGUCUGUGAUUGCUCCGGAACUGGCUUUCUUGGCAGAUCUUGUGAAAGAGAGGCCACGGUUUUGAGCUAUGACGGGAGCAUGUUCAUGAAAAUCCAGCUUCCGGUGGUCAUGCACACGGAGGCGGAGGAUGUGUCCCUAAGGUUUCGGUCCCAGCGUGCCUAUGGUAUCCUGAUGGCCACCACUUCCCGGGACUCAGCAGAUACCCUGCGCCUGGAACUGGAUGCAGGGCGUGUGAAACUCACUGUCAACCUAGAUUGUAUCAGGAUUAACUGUAAUUCCAGCAAAGGUCCUGAGACCCUUUUUGCUGGCUAUAACCUCAAUGAUAAUGAAUGGCACACAGUACGUGUGGUUCGUCGAGGAAAAAGUUUAAAGUUAACAGUUGAUGAUCAACAGGCCAUGACAGGCCAAAUGGCUGGUGACCAUACAAGGCUGGAAUUCCAUAACAUAGAGACUGGCAUAAUCACAGAACGACGAUAUCUUUCUUCUGUCCCCUCCAACUUCAUUGGACACUUACAGAGUCUGACAUUCAAUGGGAUGGCCUACAUUGACUUGUGUAAAAAUGGUGACAUAGAUUACUGUGAGCUCAAUGCCAGAUUUGGCUUCAGGAACAUCAUAGCAGACCCUGUCACCUUCAAGACCAAAUCAAGCUAUGUUGCCUUAGCUACAUUGCAAGCCUACACUUCUAUGCAUCUCUUUUUCCAGUUCAAGACAACAUCCCUAGAUGGACUAAUUCUGUACAACAGUGGGGAUGGAAAUGACUUUAUUGUGGUUGAAUUAGUGAAAGGAUACUUACAUUAUGUAUUUGACUUGGGAAAUGGUGCUAACCUCAUCAAAGGGAGCUCAAAUAAACCACUCAAUGACAAUCAAUGGCACAAUGUGAUGAUUUCAAGGGACACCAGCAAUCUCCACACCGUAAAGAUUGACACGAAAAUCACCACGCAAAUCACUGCAGGAGCCAGGAACUUAGACCUCAAGAGUGACCUGUACAUAGGAGGAGUGGCCAAAGAGACAUACAAAUCCCUGCCAAAACUUGUUCAUGCCAAGGAAGGUUUUCAGGGAUGCCUGGCAUCUGUAGAUUUAAAUGGACGCCUUCCGGAUCUCAUCUCCGAUGCCCUUUUCUGCAAUGGACAGAUUGAGAGAGGAUGUGAAGGGCCCAGCACAACCUGCCAAGAGGACUCAUGUUCCAAUCAGGGCGUGUGCCUGCAGCAGUGGGAUGGCUUCAGCUGUGACUGCAGCAUGACCUCCUUCAGUGGCCCACUGUGCAAUGACCCUGGGACAACGUAUAUCUUUAGCAAAGGUGGUGGACAAAUCACGUAUAAAUGGCCUCCAAAUGACCGGCCAAGCACAAGAGCAGACAGACUGGCCAUAGGGUUUAGCACUGUUCAGAAAGAAGCUGUAUUGGUACGAGUGGACAGCUCUUCAGGCCUGGGUGAUUACCUAGAACUGCAUAUACAUCAAGGCAAAAUUGGGGUUAAGUUUAAUGUUGGGACAGACGACAUCGCCAUUGAAGAGUCCAAUGCAAUCAUUAAUGAUGGGAAAUACCAUGUAGUGCGAUUCACAAGGAGUGGCGGCAAUGCCACGUUACAGGUGGACAGCUGGCCCGUGAUUGAGCGCUACCCUGCAGGAAACAAUGAUAACGAGCGCCUGGCGAUUGCUAGACAGCGAAUUCCAUAUCGACUUGGUCGAGUAGUUGAUGAAUGGCUACUCGACAAAGGGCGUCAGCUCACAAUCUUCAAUAGCCAAGCAACCAUAAUAAUUGGCGGGAAAGAACAGGGCCAGCCUUUCCAGGGCCAGCUCUCUGGGCUUUACUACAAUGGCUUGAAGGUUCUGAAUAUGGCAGCCGAAAACGAUGCCAACAUCGCCAUAGUGGGAAAUGUGAGACUGGUUGGUGAAGUGCCUUCCUCUAUGACAACUGAGUCGACAGCCACUGCCAUGCAGUCUGAGAUGUCCACCUCAAUCAUGGAGACCACCACCACCUUGGCUACCAGCACAGCUAGAAGAGGAAAGCCUCCCACGAAAGAACCCAUUAGCCAGACCACAGAUGACAUCCUGGUGGCCUCCGCAGAGUGUCCUAGCGACGAUGAGGACAUUGACCCCUGUGAGCCGAGCUCAGGUGGGUUAGCCAACCCAACGCGAGUGGGAGGCCGAGAGCCUUACCCAGGCUCAGCAGAGGUGAUCCGCGAGUCCAGCAGCACCACGGGCAUGGUAGUGGGCAUCGUCGCGGCGGCUGCCCUCUGCAUCCUCAUCCUCCUCUACGCUAUGUACAAAUACAGAAACCGAGAUGAAGGAUCCUACCACGUGGAUGAGAGUCGAAACUACAUCAGUAACUCGGCCCAGUCCAACGGAGCUGUUGUAAAGGAGAAACAACCCAGCAGUGCGAAAAGCGCCAACAAAAACAAGAAAAACAAGGAUAAAGAGUAUUACGUCUGAUCCCAAGAUCUUAAAAAAGGACCCUUGUAUAGAAAUAGUCUUCAUUUUAUCUGAGACAUAAUAUAAACUUAUUUACUUUCCUUUUUAUGAAGCACAUACAAAAGAAGACAGGGAAUGCAAUCAGGAAGGGAAGACUGUUUUUAAAAACAACAACAACAACAAACAACCAAUCAACAAACAAGUAUCUCAUGCUCUUGUUUCUCAAAAAAAAAGGAAAAAAAUCACAAAAAAACAAAACAAAGCAAAACAAUAACAACAACAAAAACAGGGGCCAAUAAAUUCCCUAACAUCCGCAGUGUUUUUAUUUACUCUGCCUGUCUUUAUGUUGCUGGAACAUUUCUCAGAGACAGUGAUGACCGCACGCAUUCAUAAAGCAAGGAGUAUUACAACACCAAGACACAACACAAAAACAACACAAACAUAACAUGAAAAAAAAUUUAAAAAAAAGAAGCUACCUAUGAUCCUGGAUUUAGCCAAAGUGCUAGCGCUUUCCUGAGAAGUCAGUUAGUCUGAUUGUCAGAGAAGACUGUCCAUCGGAGUAACCCACCCUGCAAACCUUCAUGAGUUUGACCCCCCUAAGCACUCCGGUGCAACCAGAGCAGAGGUUGGAACUUGCAUUUGAAAUGAAGUGCUGGCUUGUUUUUUGAAGACUUGUGUUGGAACACAUUGAAAAAAAAAAAAAGCCCCUUUCUGUUUGUGAGAGGAAAUAUAAAAGUAUGGAGGCCUUAUUUUCCAAAAAAAAUAAUUAAUGUGAAAUAUAAGGCACAUUUUCACACUAAAAUUUCAAAACAAAAAAUGAGAGGGCAUAGAUGCAAUCAUGGGGAAACUUUCAUGCACGCUUACUAUGUUAUUACAUAUGUUUAUAUAAAACCCAUCUCUGUGUGCUUUCUGGACCGUGAUAAGUGACGUUUUAUAGCCUGUUGUAUAGAAAAUGCAAAAUAUAUCUCUGCUCUUCGGCCAUUUUUGGUAAACUCAAUGUUACAAGUGUUGCUAAGUAUAAGGAAGUUUUAUGACAUCGGAGCAACAAUGAUUUCAGUCAGAUGAUUUUUUUUUUGCCACCAUUAUAAAUUGCCACAUUUACUUUUCUAAACAAGAAUUACAGUGUAGUGUUUUAUUCUAAGAAAGAUAUGUAUGAAUGUAUAUAAAAGACUCAGCUACUUUUUUUCUUACAUGUACAGCCUUCAUUCUGUUGCAAUUAAGUUUUAGUAUUUGUAUGAAAGGUGUGAAUUAGAAGGUAAAAUAUAUACAUAUGUAUCUUAUAAUCUUUUCUCCCCCAAAUUUCACAUGCCCAUAUAUGUUUACCAUUUUCACUCAUACAUAUCACACAAACACACAUACACACAUACACACACAUACAGGAAUCCAUUACAUAUGAUGGAUGCCCCAAAUAUGCAUACCAUAGCAAAUACUCACUGACACAUGGAGAGACAGAAAGGACAGAUAGUGGUGCCAAGGUAUUAUGACAAAUUAGGGUGAUUUGCUUCAUUCAGAUCCCCAUCCCAGGAUCCUUGAGAAGAUUUUUAGUCCCUAAUGUAAUGGAGCAUUUUCUUAUCAAACAGAAUAUUGCUGGUAUAUUGCUGCAUGAGUAUGACACGCUAUGUGGGCAGGUUAUGGAAGCAAAGUCUAUCAAUCCACACCUUAAUUCUGACUGCUGCAAGUGAAAAACUUUGUUUCCAGUAAGAUAAUCUAGGUAUUCUUUGAACCUGAUGUGCAUGAUCAACUCUUUUUUUGGAAAGUCAACCCUUUCUCAACUAAAAAAAAAGUGUUUUCAAUAAUUUUUCACUCUGUAUUACUACCCAUUCUAAAAACCAUUCUCUAUUAAUUGAUCAUUGACUAAAUUUUAACGCUUCUGGUUUUUCCUCUAUAUUUUUAAACAUAGGUUUCGUUUAACAUACCUUAAGUAGUAGAAAGUAUAGAUGAUACACUUGUUUUUGCAUAUUGUUUCAAUGAUGUUCACAGCAAUAAAUUAUUCAUAUGAGAAAGGAAUGUAAAGGAAGUAUGUUAUUACAUGGCCAGGUGAUGCUUUGGCAAGAAAUGGUCACAUUACUUGAACAUCAAGAAUGGUACUAGAUUUCAUACAAGAAAAGAAUACCUUUUACAAUUAGCUUUAAUCAGCAAAGGCAAAAAAAUGCAAAACAUCUUUUGUGAUACUUUCAGUGAUGAAAAAUGCCAAGAAAUGGCCUGGAUUUCUGACAUAGAAUACCUUAGGAAUACAUAUAAUUCAUAUCAAAUCACCACAAUUUACAGUUGCCAAGACAUUGUGUAAGAAAUCUCAAAGGCUUUUCAUGACCCAGAAAGUAGAUGGCAUAAAAUUUAAUACCCAUUUCUUCAAUUUCAACUUUUUAAAAAUAUUUUUAAUUUGCCAGGUUAAAGAACUCACAAGUCUUUUUUCCACCAAUCCCUCUCAUUCAAUCUUACUCAGGGAAAGCCAGUGAAAUAAAAAGGAGACAUAAAACCACUAAUAUACAGCUUAAGAUUAGAAAGAAAAUGGCUGCUUUUUCAUUAGAUCUGUUGAAUUUGAGCUAGUUUCAUAUGCGAAGAAUCUAAAAGGUAAUAGAUAAUUAACUGAAUAGUGGUAUUUUUAAGCAGUCUAUCUAUGAGACAUGCUGUCUGGGAUUGAUUAUAAUGACUUUUUUCCCUCCAGCAUAAUAUUUUAAAUUCCAUAUGAUAAUAUAGUCCCCUAUUGGAUAUAAAAUUAUUUCUAAUCCUACUGAACUACACCAAAACUAGAGGUUAUUUUCCCUGAAUGGUGAAAGAAAAGAGAGAAACUCAGAGUUAGAGAGAGAAAAGACUUGCAUAAGAUCUACAUAACGUCAUACCAAAUGAACCAGGGUUCUUGCGGAGUUUGCAGUUAAUAGAGAAUCUCACACAACCUGGCAUAAAUUUGAUUACAUCUCUAGACUGUAAUUUUUCUGAUUGAAUCUGCUUCUUAUUUUUGUUUUUGUAAUCCAUGUAAUGUGUUGCCUUUUUCAAAACAAAAAUUGCGACAAUAAUUUGUGAGGUGGUCAAUCCCUAAGACAUCCAAGAAAGGCCACGUGAUCUUACCCUUCUAGUACUUUGUGUGAUUGGGUAUCUAAGGGGUUUGUUUUGUUUUGUUUUUCUGUUGCAAGGCGCCAAUUUAUCCAUUAUUGGAAAUGCUAAGCAAGUGGAAUUUACUGUUUUGUUAAUAAAAUAUUUCUUAAUACAA